CACCAGCAGUCUCUCAAGAACGCGGGCUUGGCGCUCCGGCAAAGACGGCCGAGGGCGCGUCUUCCUGUUGAUUGAUUUAUCCCUUGGACAUGAAUUCGCGCCCAAGAAUGUCUGAAGGAUUCGCUAGCCUCCAGGCAUCGGGCACAAUUGACACGAAGAUGCCUGGGCCCUGAGGACUUAUAAGCCUCAGUGGUGAUAAAAGCCGCAUGACCCUUCCUCGGGCCAGUUGCUCGGGUGUUGUCACGGGGUACGACAACCGAUGAUGCAUACAAAUACAUGAGUGGACCCUUGGCCACCAGAACUCGGAGUCUUUCCGUUCAUAUUUCCUCGUUUCGAACCAGUCAAUACGAGUCAAGUGUACCUAUGAUGGAGAAGAGUGCUGCCAUAGCUAGUUCUUCUAGGUCUGGGCCCAGGCGUGACAGUGGUCACCCAACUGAUUCCGAUCUGCCGGCCUAUUCCCAAGCGGCUUUAGACACAGUGGUCGACUCCGAAACUGUUUCACGCAUGCCAUCACGGUCUCAAACUGCUUCGACCAUUCCCACAUACUCUGAUGCUGCUCUUGACACAAACUCUCGACCUGUCUAUAAUUUUGUCCGGGCUUCGAUCGUCAGCUCAAAACUUCUUGUCCGCAGCAAUGAAAUAGACAAAUAUUGUUUCGCCUCAGAUCGCAGUUCAGAAUCAAAGGUCUGGAUUCAUGCAGGUGCCUCAAAAUCCAACAAAGCGCUGGGUUGUUUAUCAUUCCCAGAAGCACACAACACAUUUCGAAUACAUUGCGCUAUCGUCAUUGAAGGAGCCACUGGAGAUGAAUCCAUCAUCGGUCUAGACAACAAGAAGUUCCUGUCUGCGCCCCUGGUCGAUGUCGUUGCUGGUAUUGGAUACCCUCAUCCAAGGACUUUCACACUAAAGGUGCCUAAAGGUCUGGACUUCCGUACGAAGCAAUUCGUAUGGACAUACCAGGGUGGAGACAUCACUGGCCCGACUCCAGCGCGUUAUGACCUACGCGACUACAGUGCAGGAGGUGCUCUGAUUGCCAGCCUAACGACCACAAAGGAGGGAAAGAAGCAGACGGCAGUGCGAUGGCUGAUUAAUGCAGAGAGCGAACUGGAGCAGGCUGUGUUGAUCAUGUCUUGCAUUGGUAUCGUCACUAGGUUAUCAAGGAAGGGAAAGUUUUACAACGACAAGGGGAUGUAUUCCAAGUGGAAGUACUUCUGGUGGAUGUCAAUGUUGUCUGGAGUGGCAGUCGCUUAGCCUUGGGAUACCCGAAUGUUUUUUUUUCGAUACUGAUAGACGUUGAUCUUAGAU